AGCGGCGGUUGGUGAACGUUGCUAGACGCGGCUCCGCGUAUUCUGUGUUAAAAUGCCGCUGUGUUGUGUUUAAUCUGCAAUCAGCCGCGGAUAACUGUUUCAUCUGUCUCUCAGAGGAUACUUCUAAACUCAGUCACCGGUCAGGAAGGGCUGGAUUCCCGGAAUGGGAACGGAGGAGCGAGAUUGGGUAGAUGUGGCCAAUGAUCUCCUUUGUAAGUGUCAUAUUAACCUGAGGCUGCAGAGGCUCACAGACUGCGAUGCAAAUGUUUUCGUGGCGUUGUAUGAAGCCAUCUUAGGAGAGAAAGUACCAGAUUACAUAGCUGUCCCUAAGAGCCAGGAGGAUGACAUCCACAAUGUACAAUCAGUGAUUGAUUCACUGGCCUUGGACUAUCUCCAGAUUAGUUUAUCUCACAUCACAGGGGAGAACAUUGUGAGAGGGGAUAAGGAUUCCAUCCGAAACCUUCUGGAGAUCUUUGAUGGCCUGCUGGAGUAUCUCACCGAGCAGCUCAGUGACGAGGAGGAGCUUCACAAUGGAGAAGUCAAUGGUAUGGCCCACCUUCCUGAAACAUGUGUGCUGGAUAAAGAGGAGAGGAUGUCCCAGACCUCCAGCGUACACUCAGCCGUCCAGUCCAGCAAACAUUCCCUCCAUUCCUGGAGCGGAGCAGAAUCCGAGUCCACGGCCGAGCUGAUUCGAUUGGGCGAUUCUGCCCGUACGUUCACCAUGAAGCAUGAAGUAUGUUCCCACACCCUGCCCUCAGGGGUCACAGCUGAAAAAGCUGCCCCUCAGCCAGGUGACCACGGUUCAGCAGUUCAGGCCACUCUGCUACGGGAGCCACUCCGCUCAGCCAUUGCCCUGCAACCACCCAGCCAGACCACCCCCCAGCGGCCAGAUAGGCCAGCGAAUGCACCCUCUGACCGCCUCAAGCAUCCUACAGACCAGAAUGGUACAAUUAGACAGAAUGGUUUUUCCCCCACAUUACAAUCUGAUGUUCAGAUAAAUGGGACGCUGCACCAUUCACUGUCCAGUGCCUCCCCAGACAGUGCGCAGUUGCCCAGUCUGAGAGAACCACACUCCGAGGCUCCCAAAGGACAAAUGGAGGUUGGCGCUGAAGCCCCACGGAGGGUUCUGUUCCGAACUCAGCCAGACGUCCUGCUGCUGACUCUCUCAGAUGAACAGAGUCGGAGCCACAGAGAGGAUGUGCACAGAAGUGGCCCAAAGGAAGAGGAGGAGAGUGAGGAAGAGCGGCCGCACAGCUCAGGCUCGUCAUCAGGGAGACGGAGGAGCUCCAGAGUCCGGAGGUGGAGAGCAGGGCUGGCUGAGGAGGAUGCAGGUGAGCCGUUGUCAAGGCGCAGUCAGAGAAACAGGCAGACUGAGCAGGAGCUGCAGGAAAUGUCUGAGAAACUUUCCCGCCGCCUGGAAGAGCUCGACCUGAUGCUCAAGAGAGCUCUGGGAGAGACUGGGGAGGAGCCAAAACCCCAGGAGGAAGACAAACGCUCCCAUCACAGCGACAGCAUCAUGGAGUGCAGACGUGCUCCCAGACCUACUGAUCCAGCCAGUAUGGACAGACCUCGCCCCCGCUCCCUUUCCCCCUCCCCUCCUCCUGCACGCCGUUCCCUCCAGAGCCAACUAGAGGGCACUCUACUCGCUGACUCACAGACACACAUGGCCCGAAUCAAACAUGGGGUGCUUCGGGACCACCAGGAUAAGCACAGGAAAAGUCAGAUGGUAGCAGAAGCAUGUAAGGCGGAGCCGAAAAAUUUGGAUGAGCAACAGAGAACAGAGCUAGCCAUAGAGAGGCUUCGAGCACAGGAGGCUGAGCGUGAGUACAGGGAGACCAUCCGUAGAGAAGUUUUAAAGUCAUCUCAGACCUCCAGAUCUAAAUCAUCGCUCUCAAACAGGACGUCCCGCACCAGACCUCCAUCAUCCAGCCGACGGCAGACACAACCCCGCAGAGCAGCACCCUUAAGGGUGAAGGAGAACGACUUGUUACCGGCUCUGCUGGAGGAAUACCCGCCUCUGCCCUUUUCUUCUCAUACACUGUCGUCCAUGUGGAAGCAGCAGCUGCGACAGGUUGACCAGCUUAGUGCUCUGGAUAACCAGCAGAGACACGCACGUUCCGCCAAACUCACCAACCAGAUGGAGGAUGCUCAGAGGAGACAUGACCUGCUCAUGGAGAUCAUCCGCAAAGAGCAGGAGCACAACCGCCGCCUGAAGGAUUUCAAGGACAGAAUCCAGCAGCAGAAGUCUACACAGAAUAAGCUGCGUGAGCAGAGGCAGCAGGUGGCCCGGGCUCGCAAAUACCACAGUGACUACCAUGUUCAGCUCCGUGCUCGGCUGCUCAGGGCCCGCACGCGAGAGGAGAAAAUGUUCCGGCAGGUGUUUGAGGAGGGUCUGGAGCUCCAAAAGGCCCGUCUGAGGGAGCAGCGUGCGUAUGCUAAAGAACAGCGGCUGGAGCACCAACGUAAACACAGAGAUGAGAUUAAAGCCAUGGAGAACUAUUACAGGGACCAGUUUUCAAUGCUAGCUGAAAGACUCGCUCUGGAACGGCAGGAGAUACAGGUCCGAAAGAAAGCCCAGGAGAAGGCUCUGCAGAAGAUGAAGCGGGAGCUGAGGACCAGGAUGGAGCGAGAGAUCAGCGAGCUGCAGAAGAUCAUCGUCCAGAAUGAUGAGGACGACUACUUCCGGGAUCUGGAGGUGGAGCGGCUGCGCAAACGCGUGCAGAUGGCCUCCUUCCAGUACAGCACAGGCUGUCCACACUGACCCCAGACCAGCAGAAACUCAUCAUCUAGGGCUACUGUGGGACCUCCCUCAACCCACCCUCCCACUUAGUGAUGAUUCAUCCAAAAAUCUAAUGUACACAAUCUACCCCAUACCCUUAAUGUAGUCAGGCCACCAAGACAUGUUGGUCUGAAGUUUGCUUCUUUAGUCUUGUGCUGACUCUAUAAACAUUGCUAAACCAGUAAUAGAAGUUUAAGAAGCAGAUUAGUAUAUUGUAAUAUAGAACCAGACAGGGUUCUUUUCUUGUUACAAGCUUGACAUUGUAACAGUAGAAGAACCCUUUAUGGUGCUAUCAAAAAGCUUCAAGAUGGAACUAUCUGCAACACACUCUUUUGCCAGGCGAAGAACCCUUUAAUCAUGUGAAGGGUUCUUUGAGUGUACAUGAUUCUAUAUAGAACCACUUUCUUUACUGAGAACCCUCGAAGAACCAUCUUUUAAAAAAAGCAAAGCAAGAUCGGUCCGAUCGGCUUCAGAACGUUCAUAUUAGUGUGACGCGUCACAUUUGUAGUCGCUAAAGAAGGCAUAAAGCCAGGCUGCAGACCUUCAUGCACAUGAAACAUGAACGCUUAUCUGACUAAUGUUCCAUCAGAGCUGUCAAAAUCCCAGGCUUGUAACAAUAGUACACACUUAAAGAUGGUUCUUUUGUAAAGGUAUUGCUUCUAUUUAGAACCAUGAGUUCUAUACAAACUUGAAUGCUAAACCAUUUUCAAAAAGGUUCCAUAUAGAACCUGUACAACACCUUCCCCAUCAGGCUAAAGAGCAGUUUCAGCAUGCAAAGAACCAUUUGAGCAUGCAUGGUUUAGAACUCAUGGUUCCAAAUAGAACCAUUGUCUUUAAAGAACCUUUGAAGAACCAUCUUUGUGUGUAGGCCACAGUAACAGUAGCAUGUAAGCUAACAGCACAGUAAGCAUUAGUCAUUUUAUGACUUUAACAAGAUGUGAUUUAUAGGCUGUAAACGUGCGUUUGCCACACUAAGCAAAGUUAAAAGAAAGUUGGCAAGUUUUUUUUGUUUGUUUUUUAAUGACUGGAAACUGGUGUGUGUUUAUUUUCUACAGUUUAAGCAGCUUCUCUAGCAUGACUGUGUUACGUGCCUUGCUGAAAUGGGUUACUGGAGGAGUGAGUCUUGAUGGAGACGCUUCUCAGUCUGUAGCUCAGUAGCAACUUCUCAGCCAAUAUUCGUGGGGCUUUUCUUCUAUGCACCCUAAAAAAGUCUUGUUCUCUCUUGUUUGCCUGCCACCACAUUUCCCUCAGAACUGUAUAAUCAGUCUACGAUGGCUGGGGGCUGGGGCCAUGGUCAGACAAUGCCAUGUUGCAAAGUGUCGCAUAGUUAAAAAUGAGAUUUAGUCUGUACGUUAUGGAAAACAGUAUAUCACAGUGUAGAGGUGGACGAUACAGUAAAAAUAUUGGAAAUUUUCACAAUACACUGUCACACUAUUUAUUUUUUCAGACAUCUGAUCAGUUGGAACCGAGAAAAAGAACCAGUGGGGCUACAUUUUAAAAAGAAAUACUAUCAAAAACAGCACAAAUUUGAUGCAGUAUUUGAGUGUUGCACUAAAACAGGUUAAAUUGACUAAUAUCCUGCUCUCUGUAAUUAAUCGUGCUGCUGGUCAGUGUUAAAGUACUGCUGAUAUACACAGUGUUCAGAAAAACAUUGUAUUGUGACUUUAUAUAUAAUCAUUUAUAUCUUGCUGCUGUCUAAACAAAACCUAAUAUCUCCAUUUUUGUCGUUUUUUCAGUUUUUGGCAUCAUUUGAAAAUACCUGUCCUUUACAUUGUGUACAAAUUUCUUGACGAAUGGACCAAAAGAAACAGCACAAAAUUACUUGGACCAAAAGUCUGGUUCCACUGACGUAUAUUAAAAGUAAAGUAUGUUUUGUACUUCUCCUGUAAAGUUUUGAAGUUACAAGGUUUUGUUCUCGCAGCAGCGAUAUAUUAUCAUACUGCCUAGCUUUAACAGUGUCUAACCACAUUAGCAUCUCUGUACAGUCCAACACGGUUUGAUGUAGUUGGCCUGAUACGAACAGGUAUAUUUAUUUUUGAUACUAACGGCAGAUCUAAGCAACUCUCAGUUGGUGGCUACGCUGGCCUUGUCGCUCCAGUGCCAAAUUGAAGAAGCAAACCUCAGACACCAAACAUGCUGUGGCUGAUUGGCUAGAUUUGGUGUACAAGCAAGGACAUGUACUUUUUAAAACUGUUUUUGGCUGAAACAUCACUUUGGGGACACGCUGCAAGGUUUUCCGUGCUUGGAUAACUUGAGAUUAGGCUAUUUCUAUAUAUUGUCCUCUACAUAAGACAUCAGGACUGCUAUCAGGACAUGAGAGGAUACCAGUCAAUCUGCCCAGACAGAGGACGUGAGCGAAAUAUAGAGAAACGAAGUUUGCACAUUGUUUCAAUAAUUGCUCUCAAUUUAUUAUAGUAACACACACCCACAAUAUUACUGUACCUUUAAAUGUGUAUUCAAAAAAGUGUUGUCCAAAGCUGACCACAACCCAGAUGGCUGUAGCUGAAUUUGUUUUCGUGGAGUAUUUAAUUAAACCACAAAGCAGAUCCAUAUGAGGUCAGAUCCAGUUUUAGGAACCAAGAUCUGAUUAGAAAUCAGAUAAGAACUGUUAUAGAGAGACCAAAUCGGUGUAAAUGGUCCCGCCGACACUGUGUCCAUGCAGCUAUUGCUGGGAAACGUUGUGAAUAUGGCCUCUGUUAUCAGCCUAGAGUUCCAAGUAUGAUGAGUAACUCGCCCUAAACACACAAAACCCUUUUUGCUGCUAACGAAGUCUUCCUCCAUUACUAAACUGCUGAUGGAAAUGUGUUGAUCUGUUUUUUUGUACCGUUUUCCUUUUUAGAUGGUUUCUGUAAUAAUAAUAAAACAAAUUGUGCACCUUUCCACCUUGGAGUGGACCACUGAGCAACACAUCGAUGUUAAUAAUGAUCCUCAAAGCCUUUUAUGAUUAUUUUGAACUUCUGAUUGCUGGAUUGGUCUUCCUUCAUGUGUGAACACUGUUCGGUUGAUGUCAUGAUUAAAUUAUUUAUUCAGUCACUCAAAA